AUGGCUGCGAAGCAGAGAAAUAAUGUUUCCAACAAGGAUAAAGGGAAAGCACCAGUGAAGGCGCCAGUGGUGGAUGCGAAAUCCGGUGCACUUCCCUCACUUGGUUAUUUGGCUUUGAUCGCUGCAGACCCACUGCAAAUAAAAGUACAUCUGAAUGUAUAUUUCGAUGUCCAGAACUCUUCCUACGAUGUGGCUGGCCCAGGCCAUACCAUAGUCGCCUAUCAAUCCGAGGUGUUUGAUGAACCUCUUACCACAGAGGUCACGUGUGGCGACUACAAGCCUGUAGUCUCAGGUUGCACCCCGACAAAGUGUGGAAGAUUCCUCAAGGACAACGUAUUCAAUGCCACCGUUAUCCAGACUAUGAUCAACAUCAUUGAAAAGGGCAUGGUGUUCGGCGGUGGUGCCGGUGGUCCCUCAAUACUUGAUCUGGCCAGUGGCGCCGUCUCUCACGGCGAACAAUUCAUCAGCAUCUUCCAGGCAGCCAAGCAGAACAAGCAAGAGAUCUUCAAUCAAAAAGACAGAGAAACCUUCCUGCACGUCAAGAAUACACUGAAGGAUACCAUUGAGGACCACUUUGGAACCAAAAACCUUUAUCUGACCGCACCGACUUUCUUCUCUCGCAUCACAGAUAAACCAGCCAAAACGGCCAAUGACAUCUACUGGAUGCCGCACAUCGACCGUCGAACGUAUGGCUCGUUUGUGUACACGUCACUGGUAUACCUGAACGACCAAGGCGUGGACUAUGAGGGCGGUGAGUUUCUAUUUAUAGAACGCGACGAUGUCACACCCGGGCAGCAGCGAACCCCAACGGAUAGUCCGGAUAAGUACUCCCAGAGUAUAGUACAGCCCCGAGCCGGUCGUAUGAGCUUCUUCACUUCAGGGGAUGAGAAUGAGCAUACGGUCAAAAUGGUCACGUCAGGCACUCGGUAUGCUGUGACAAUCAGUUUUACCUGCGAUGAAGCUUCUGCCAUUCCCGACCCGACUUUCGAGUAAGCAGCACGCCGCUAGUACUGAUUUUUUAAUGGACAAUGUCUGAUGUCUAGCUACAUACCAGUAUUCUGGGGUACGAAUUGCACUUACAUAUGCAACUUUAUUGUGAUACAUUUGGAUGUAAAAAGGACAUGCGUUUGUUGGGAAUGUGCGCAUGCUACUACGCUACUAACAAGGGGCGUAUAAGCGCAAAUUCUGUACUGACAAGCACAAAGAUUGGUUUUGCCAUCUCAAAACAAACUGCCCUGAACGGUUUACCUUAGUUUGAUCAUUAAACUAUUACUACACCACUAUUGGACUAGCUGUUGCAGUAAGAAACUCAGGUUCACACUAUGUAGCGGUACAACAAUAGUGGAAUAGAAUUCAUUGUCAUAAUUGAAACUAGCGACAACAAUCGGUGCACGCCUUGCACCACGGGUGAAGGUUUCGUGAAGAAAGUUAUAGAUGCAACUUCGAAGAAACUACUAUUUACCUAAAUCCUUUGUUAGGAUGGUUUUAAUUUUGAUGUGGUAAUCCACAUCAGUACAGGCAUGUCGUUCGCCUAUAUCCAAUGCAAACUCGACGAGUAUGCACGUUCUAAAAAAAUCGUAUUCUUCUGUAAUAAAAGUUUUUUGGGCCAACCUCCUCAGCUAUUGGCCAUAUGUAACAACGGACAGCGUGUCACGCACACCUCCUCAACGUCUGCUUAAUUAAAAUUCGGUAGUGCAGUUGGCGCUGGUAAUGAUGAAGGGCGUCUCGGUGGCGAAGUUGUAGAACCAGGUGCGGGUGUGGUUCUGCACGAUUG